CGUAGCAGUCGUCGCAGCGAGAACGUAUCGUCCACUGAGGAAAUAGAACGCUUGGAUAAUAAAAUGAAACUGCUCCUGGUCCUUGCUGUCUGUGGCCUUACGCUGGUGGCCGCCGAUGUUUCGCAUCUGUUUGAUCAUGAUCAUCACCACGAUCAUCCGGGCUACAACUACGAUGCACCCAGUAUUCCCUUCGAAUUACCAACACCCGGUCCUGCCUAUCUGCCACCGGAACCCGUGACAGCACGUGUUAUUGCUCCAGUUCCGUCUUACUUGCCACCGGUGAAGCCGGUGACCAAGCCUACGCCGGUUUACUUGCCUCCGCAGCCAUCAGUGAAGCCGCAGAUCCCUGUUGUCAGGACACCCAAGCCCUCUUACCUGCCGCCCCCACCGCCAGUUGUGAGGGUUGUGACGCCUAAACCCUCCUAUCUGCCACCCCCACCGCCAGCUGUGAAUGUUGUGACUCCCAAGCCCUCCUAUCUACCACCCCCACCGCCAGUUGUGAGGGUCGUGCCUUCUCCUAAGCCAGCCUAUCUGCCACCUCCAGCUCCCAUCGUGAAAGUUGUGCCACCCCAGCCUGCUUACCUGCCACCAUCCGUGGCACCCGUGGUAGAGCAGCCCGAGCCGGAUUAUCUGCCACCAUCGAAGCCGACCUUCAAGAUUCCAAUCCCCUCCUAUGCCGCGCCGCUGGAGGAGCCCGUGAACAGCUAUCUGCCGCCCCAGGAGAUCGUGGAGCCGCACAGCGAUGAUGGGUACCACUACGAUGCUCCCGCCCAGCCAUUCCUCUUCUAGGAGGAACCACCCCAAGAACCUUUCCAUCCUUAGCCAUUUUAUUGUCGUCUGCCAAUGUCACGUGUAUAUACUAUAGUUAUUUAUUAAGUUUCGAAAACGAAUAAACCCUAACACAAUG